AACAUCAUCGCCAACAUGCCAGAAUUCAACAAGUCUUUCCCCCUCUUCCGCCACCGCCAACUGGAGCCCUCAGCUUCGGUUCGCGUCUCCCCUCUCUGCUUGGGAGCCAUGACUUUUGGCGAGUUACACAGCGAACGCUAUGGUGUGUGCCCUAAAGAUGAGGCUUUCGCUAUUAUGGACAACUUCUACAGCGAGGGCGGUAACUUCAUCGACACCGCAAACGUCUACCGCGACGGCGAGUCUGAGGAGUGGGUUGGCGAAUGGAUGGCAAGCUGCAAAAAUCGCGAUGAAAUCGUUCUCGCGACGAAGUUCACAAGUGGCUGGAUGGCGCACAAGUCUGAGCACCUCCAGAGCAACUACAUCGGGACUGGUAGCAAGAGCAUGAAACUGUCUGUCGAGGCGUCCCUCAAGAAGCUGCAGACACGCUACAUCGACCUGCUCUAUAUCCACUGGUGGGACUACACCACUGAGAUCCCGGAGCUUAUGAACUCACUCAACGACCUCAUUGUGUCCGGCAAAGUUCUGUAUCUUGGUAUCUCCGACACGCCUGCCUGGAUCGUAUCGCAAGCCAACCAGUACGCGCGAGACCACGGUCUGCGACCGUUUAUUAUCUACCAGGGCAUGUGGAACGCAGGUAUGCGCGACUUCGAGCGCGACAUUAUCCCCAUGGCGCGUCACCAGGGUAUGGGUCUUGUUUCCUAUGGUGUGCUUGGAAGGGUCGAUUCCAGACCAAGGAGGCAUACGAGGAGAGCGGCGAGGAAAGUUCCCUACGUUUUCCCCCUUGUGGGCCAGCGUAAGGUUUCGCAUCUCAAGGCCAGCGUUGGCGGACUGUCCGUAUCCUUGACCGAAGACGAGAUCGAGAAGAUUGAGAGCGCGUACAAGUUCAAUCAUGGCUUCCCUCAUACGUUCUUGAGCGGCACAUUGUUCAAUCCUGAAGAUAAGCCAAAGCAAGCGGAUGGACCUGGUGAUGUGUGGCUCACGAAGGCUCAUAGUUGA